GCCAGGACCAGCAGACUCAGCUUCACUGUCGGAUACUGCAAAUUUGUAUGUUACGCUCCUCGCAGCCGGAAAGAAUAGCGACACUCUGCACCCGUGAUGUGCACGAAUGGGUAGCACUAAGAAACGGAAGCACAACGCGAUGUAUGAAAACGUGGAAAUUGACGAAAGCGGAUCUGGAAUCCGCGCGGCUGUCGAAGAGAGAAUAGUAGCCC